AUGUACUCGUGGGCUGACUGCUUAGUCUACAUCAUGUACCGCAGUUUUACUCCAGAAAGUAGGCAUGGAACGCCCGGAUCGCGGACGCCUACGAUUCGAUUCAGCGAAGACGACUAUGGCGCAUCACUUGUGUCGGACGAGCUCGCAGCAAAACUAACCGAGCUGGUUGUGGACGAACAGGUCAAGCGCGACUCCUUCUCCAUGAGCGUGCAGCUAUUAGCAAGCGAGCGGAACAAGGUCUCAAUUAAAGACCGUGAGGACGCAUUGGUGGUUAUUUACACGGUUAUUUCGCACAAGUACGAACCAGAAAGAGUGAACAGCACUCUGGUUAGCGCUCUUAUGAAAGCGGCCCUGGGGCAACGCUCUGACCUCGAAGCGUUACUGGCCUUGCAGUCAAUUUGCGUCGCCUACACGUUUGCAGACGAGGACCACCCGAACUACGAGGACAUCAAUGAGCAGAUCAACUCGUUCUUGCCCAAGCUGCUCGGUCAGAUUCGUGAAAAAGAGACCACCGUCACCGUUCGUUCGUUUAUGACCACUGCUUUGGCCACUUUGACCUUCUUCACUCUGAGUGGCGGCGGCGGAUUCAAUGUCGAGCCUGCGGCAAACAACCUUAUGGAAAUCGCUGAAACGACUACCAGCAAAGAUGCUGCAGUCACCGCGGCUGCUUUGUUGGGUCUGGCUCUUGUCACAACCUUGGCUCGGGAUGCCAACAGUUUGAUCGAGGACCUGGCCCCCAGCUUGACCGCGUUCCUUGGAACUUCUAGCAACGAAGUUAAGCUAGCUGCAGGUAAAGUCCUGGGUGUGUUUUUUGAAAAAUAUACCGGCACUGAUCUGGAAAGUGAGCCGCUGGUCGAGGCCCUGGAAAGCGUGCUCUCUGAGUCUUCGAAACGCACGGCCAAAAAGGACAAGCGACAAACCAAGUCUCUAUUCAGAGAUGUCUUACGAACCCAGCGCAAAGAUCCUGCUACUACAUUGACAUAUUUCGCUCUUUCCCGACAGAAAUCGCUCCCCAUUCGAACCUGGGCCAUGCUAGCCCUUCUGCAACAUCUGACGUGGGUAUUUGCAGGAGGCAUUCAGAGCCAGAUCGCAAACAAUGCCUCUGUGCACGAGCUGCUGCGAGAAGAGACCGGCGAGGACGCGAGUCUGUUCGAGGAUCAGUACGAAACCCCGGCCGAGCGGGACUGGGGCCCUGAUCACCAGCGUGCCAUUGACCGCCGGACCGCCAGAUUGGAAAAAAUAAAGGCUCUGGGGCUGAUGGACCCCCACGUGUCGACUUAA